AUGCCGAUUUUUUUGUCGACGUUCUCUGCGCGAACGAGACGUUGUGGCCGUCAAAACUCCUGCAGGAUGGACCUUGUAACAGCACCGAGUGGGGAGACUCCGGUGAAGGCUCCUGUGGUCGAGGUGGAGGCUGUCGACGUCGCGGAGACGGUCAACGCGGAGCCGGGCGCGCUGGACGAGGCAUCCCCCCAGCUCGAGACGGACAGCGACGACUCCGACGGUUGGGAAAUUCUGUCUAAUGGCGACGAGGCCGAGCACACGAUCCAGCUUCUCCGCGAUGAGCAGCUGCGGAAUGGACUUGUUCCCGGCGCGUGUACUCUUGAGGAAGCCAUUGCUUUUCGUCAACGCCUCCAUGCAAUCGGCAAAGCUGAGUUUGUGGAAGAGACCAUCGUGCGCGAGACUGUCACAGCAAAAAAGCUAUGCACGGCUUUCGGUAUCAUGCCCCCGGCAUUUCUCGAGGGCGCUCCAGAUGCAUGCUUUCAUGGUCUCCUGGCGAUCGCCAUUUCCCGAGAAUUUUCUCGUCGACCAAAGCUGCCCGAGUACAACACCGUCGACGAUGCGGUACGGCUACUGCGGGAGUCGAAGAACGUUAUCGUCUUGACAGGCGCGGGCAUUUCGACGAGCCUCGGGAUCCCUGACUUUCGAUCAAAAGAUACUGGCCUUUAUUCCAAGCUGGAGCAUCUUGGUCUCAGUGAUCCGCAGGAGGUCUUUGACAUCAACGUCUUCCGAGAAGACCCUAGCAUCUUCUUCUCCAUUGCGAAGGACAUUCUCCCCACUGAAAAAAAAUACUCGCCGACACAUGGAUUUAUCAAACUCCUCCAGGACAAGGGCAAGCUGCUGACGAACUACACCCAAAACAUCGACAACAUUGAAGCCAAUGCGGGUGUUUUGCCGGAGAAAAUCGUACAGUGCCAUGGGUCCUUUGCGACUGCUACCUGCACCAAGUGCCACUUCAAGGUCUCGGGGGAUACGAUUUUUAGUGAUAUCAAGGAAGGAAAUAUUCCCGAAUGCAGUGCUUGUCGACAGAGUAUCGAGGCCGAAGCCCUAAAGCCGCAGGGACUGAAGCGGAAGCGAAGCUCAAACGGAUAUCAGAAGGAUAGAAAGGAUUCCCAAGAUAGCUCGGAUGAAGAUGACUACAACAUCCCGACCCCUGGUGUGAUGAAGCCCGAUAUCACGUUUUUUGGUGAAGGCCUACCUGAUGAGUUUGGCCAGCGACUGAUUCAUCAUGAUAAAGAUCUCGCGGAUUUGGUCAUCGUCAUUGGAACAUCGCUCAAAGUCGCCCCCGUCGCCGAAGUGCCGGGGGUUCUACCUCGCAAUGUUCCUCAGAUCUAUAUCUCACGCACACCUGUGUCACACACCAGCUUCGAUAUUGAUCUGUUGGGUGAUUGCGACGUGGUUGUAUCAGAACUCUGCCGUCGGGCCGGCUGGGAUUUACAGCACGACAUGAUACCCGCUGAUGAGAAGGUAGACAUUACUCCCACAGAGGGAUAUGAGUCACGACAUGUGUUUCAGGUGGUUGGCGCAUAG